GGUUUCCUACAGAACGAUUCUGUCCUCUUACUAGAUGGUCCACUGGACCACUGUCUAUGUUUUGAGCGAGAUAUCGUAACAUUUCUGUACGUGAAGAUUGUGACCAAAGUAGGUUAGCUAACCCUGAAAAGUAGUAGACAUGAUGGAUCGCAAAUCGUGCAGUAUGAACGGAGGAGCGGGACAUCUUCGCCACGGACCUGGGCUUGGUUUCAUAACAUUGGAGGACUUGAAUGCCCUCACGGAUGAAAAUGUGGAAUCAGACAUGACCAGUAGCGAGGGUUAUGAAAGAGAAGGAACCGAGAUUGCAGAAGACGAUAACCAGGAUCGACUGCUUAAUUAUUGGCAAAACAUUGGCAGGGGCCAUCAAAUCGAUAUACCACGUGAGAUGGCCCAGCCCAUUCAGCAGCUUACCGCAGACAUAGAGAGUUCGCCACACAGAGAGCAGAUUCCGUUCACCUUAGUGGCUCGUAAAGAGGGUGAUGGCGCGGCGUGCGAGAAGCGCUUGAUGGACACGGCGUGCUGGGCGUGCAUCACGGUGACUGAGGACACCUACGAGAAGAGCAUCUGCGCGGGUUUCAUGAGCAUCAUGAGGUACAUCUGCCAGCAGAACACCUCGGGGAGGUACUUGGGCAUGACGGUUCCAAUAGUUACCGUGGUGCGAACGGAUGAUGCCCUUAGCCGCCUGUCCAGGGAGGUCCGGCUGGCCUACUGCCUCCCUUCCUGCCUCCAGGACCAACCCCCACUGCCUACCGACCCAGAUAUCACCCUGGAGACCUGGCCCGCCACGGUGCUCCACAGCAGGGCUUUCACAGGUCCCACCAAUGAAGAGACCGUCCUACACGAAAUCAGAGCAUUGGCCGAGAUCCUGGCCUCUCCGAACCUGCUCAGCAACACAUUCGUCAUCGCCGGAUACACCAGCUUGGCCGCCACACACCGCCACAACGAGGUCUGGCUCCUGGAGCGCCAGUGACGUUCAAUAGGAACGCCGUGGGUUAAUGGUGGUUUUAGGCCGGUUCCUGCUUUGUUUGUUGUUCCCCUGGUGUCCAUUUGUUCAUGCUACUCCCUUGGUGAAUGGUGGACGAGGACUCAAUUCCUCUCAAACACCUGCUUUGAAAGUGUUAGUUAUUAAGUUAAUUAAGGUUAAAUUAAGUGUGUCAUUGGGUUUGUCAAUAACGCUGCUUUGUAUAGAUGCAUGUAUGUUCAAUGUUCCCGAUUGGCUUUGUGAUGUCUGUCAUGUUGUAAUACUGCACUGUUCUUGUGUUACAUAGCUUGGAUUUAUAGGUGCUGCAUGUAAUAUUCGAGAGUUAUAAAGAGAGAGAGUGAAAAAGAGCAUAUGAGAGCAUGAUUGAUCAAAAUAAGCAACCAAUAAACAUCCUCUCCCCCUCUGCUCCCUCCCAUACUACGUUUUGCUGCAUUUGAGCAUUUCCGUGCACCUGUGAUUGACAGGGUUGAUUGAUUUCCCGACCAUGAAUGAAAAAUUAAAAAUGUGCUAUCUCCUAUUCUGAGAAGAAACUAAUUUAGAAAUAUGUUUUUCCAUAUAGGUUACUUUUCGUUUUUGUGUUCGGCAAGUCAAAAUGUUAAGGAUGUUUAAGUGCUCCAUAUGUAUGUUUAUAUUCAGGCAGUGAUGAAUAUAAUUUAUGUAUAGCAUACCCUGUUUUUACAUCAGAUCUUCUUGUUAAAGUAAUGCCUUUGGUCUAUCACUCUCUUCUCUCAGUUAUCUUUGAGUAAUCAAUUUUUUUCUGAAAUGCGUUCCCUUGUUCGUUUUGGGGUGCUUUUAAUAUAUUAGGAGUGUUGUUUUUUUUAAGCAGUAAUGUGUGGAUUUGACAAAAUGCAUAAAACGUCAUAAUAAAGUAUGCAUGCCGAAAGGUAUGGUA